UCCCCAGACACUUGGGAAGUUUGCAGCCUCCAAGGUACUCUGCAAUUGGAUCCUGUGUAGCGGCUGGCCAGCUACUUGCUACAAUGUGCAAAGGACUGGCAGCCUUGCCCCACUCCUGCCUGGAGAGGGCCAAGGAAAUCAAGAUCAAGUUAGGAAUUCUCCUGCAGAAACCGGACUUGGCCACUGACCCUGUCAUUCCUUAUAAUGACAAGCCGGAGAAACCCGCCAAGGCCCAGAAGCCCUCACCAGAGGAGGCUCUGCAAUGGCGCGACUCCUUGGACAAACUCCUGCAGAACCAAUAUGGACUUGCCAGAUUCAAAAACUUCUUGAAGUCAGAAUUCAGCGAAGAAAACUUGGAGUUCUGGAUUGCCUGUGAGGAGUACAAAAAAAUCAGAUCACCCACCAAGAUGGUUGAGAAGGCCAAGAAAAUUUAUGAGGAGUUCAUCCAGACGGAGGCCCCAAAAGAGGUGAAUAUUGACCAUUUCACCAAGGACCUCACUAUGAAGAACCUGGUGGAGCCUUCUCUGAACAGCUUUGAUGUGGCGCAGAAGAGAGUCCACGCCCUGAUGGAGAAAGAUUCACUGCCCCGCUUUGUGCGUUCGGAGUUUUAUCAGGAGUUCAUUAAGUAGCAAUUUGGGCCAUGAGAAGCACCCUGUGAGUCCUUUCCUCCCCAGCAGCACCCAUUUCUCCAGCCACCAUGCAUCUCCCCAUAGAUUUUCUGCACAAAGACACCAAGUGAGCAUAGUCGCAGGGCCCUGGCUUCCUCCCUUUGCCCAGUUUGUUCUGAAUGUCCAUCCAAUUUCUUCAGGUUGUUGUUGCCAAACCCAAUUAGAAACAGAAAAUUUCUACCCAAAGCAAAGAAAGGUAAUACAAGAGUAUGCUGGAUCUGGAUGUAUGUCCAUUGGGGCUUGUUACUGAGUCUCUGCCUAUUUUAGCUGAAAUAAUAAUCGGGUCAUGAAGAGAGCAAGUUUCAGUAACAUUGAUUAGUUUUACAUGCUCUAAUUCUGAUCCAUAGGGAUCAGCCCUUUUAUUUCUGAACUAAUAGGUGGUCAGGUUUUUCUGAGGCAACCACUACUGGCUUUAUUUAAGCAAAUAUGUUACCUUAAAGUCAGUCUUUCCCCUAGAGCCUCUUUAUAUCAGAUGGUGAUUAAGCAAGAGCUCCAACAGGCUUGUUAUAUUUAUAUAAGACCAAUCUGAACAUAAUGCAAAUUUGUAACUUCCUUUUGCUUACCCAGCCCUGUAGAGUGACCAAAUUCAAGGUUAAAUCAAUGAUCAAAGAUGAACACAGGUUGUUUUAUAAAAAAUAUUAUGGGGCUUGCCAAAAAAAAAAAAUUAUAUGGUGCUAGCACGUGGGCCCAAAUUUCAGUUUCAGAUUCUUUCACAUCCAUGUGCAUGUGAAAUUCCAGAAUUGUUGGCCCUGAUCAGGAAAAAAUUAAAGCAGUUUCUGUCUCCUGCAGAGGACUUCCCACUAGUAGCUGUUUGUAACUCUAAAGCAGGAAAUUGUUAGGCCUCAGACAGUCCAUCAUCCUAUAGUGUUCUUCCUCUCAUUGUCUCAUCAUGAUAAUUCUCCUCAAAAUACCAAAUUACCUUUGGAAAAAAUUAAUGCAAUUCCUUGUUGAAGUCUCCAAGUGAGGCAGAGUUGUAAAGUCCCCUGAAUUUUGCUGAAUAAUUUGGCAAACUUUGGCAGCCACAAGAUCUCUCUGCUCCUUAUUUAGUUUCCUGCAUUAGUGAGUUUUGCUUCUAGUUGAAAUACACAUUUAAACUAACUCAUACCCCACGUAGCUAAUGGAUAAACUACAGCAUUUUUAAAGGAGGCUUAAGCUUUGCAUUAUAUAUUUUAUUAAUAUCUUUUGAUAGGUAUUUUUAUUCCUACAUCUCUAGUAGAUUUGAUUUAUUAGUGAUUUGCAUAAUGUGCUGCUGAAGAGAUUCAACCUAGACUGUGUAUGAGGAAGACAAAGCUGAGCAGGAGGGGGCAAAAAAUAGACAGAGAAGGCAAUGUUUAGAAGUUAAUGCAAUUCUGACUUGUCAGAAGAUGACAAUGAGUGCCUCCAUUUUCCAUUCACACUACUAGUUUCACAUGUUUACAACCCAUUUAUUCAGUUAUCUCCUAAGAAUAUAGAUAGUAAAGCAACUACAAUACUGUAUUCUUCCAGGGACACUUGGAAGUGUGUUGGAGUCUUCGAAUUUUUGUUCUUUCAGAGGAGGACACUUGCAGUUCACAUUCUGAAAAUAGGAAGGAUCUGGUCAAUGGCCAGCAACUGCUGGUGUGCCUGAGCACAUUCAGAGGCAUCAGUGGGGCUCAAUGCAGAGGAAUUUCUCCACUCUUCAGUGGAAAACUGGACCAGAUGAACCUUGUGAGAGCCUUAGUCUGUGCUUUUAUGUCAGAGGGAGCAGUUCAAACCACACAAACACUCUGGCACUCCCCCCCUCAGCAUCUGUCCACACUGGUCCAUAUCAGCUUCAAAUCACAGCCCUCCACUUGUAUCUGCAGCCAGAACACCCAAGAACCCAAGACUCUAGAUACAGCUUCUUGAGAAUAAAAAGGUCUCCAAUGAGUUGAGAAUUCAGGUCACUUAUUAACAAGACCUAAAAUAGCCAUCUGCUUGCGGAUGCCCUGAACUAAAGGGUGCUGGUUCCAGAGCUCAUCCAGAUGGUUGCCAUCACAAAGGCUCAGACCUGUGCUCACAGCUUGCACAUCCUAAGUAUGUGGGAAGACUUGUCAGUGGAGGUAAAAGGGUCUUUGUCUUCUUAGAAGCUGAGCCCAGGAAGCAGAGGGUUGUGCUGUAAAGGCUAUAAAAGAAUGAACACCUUCCUUUCCAGUAGUGAUCUCACACACACACACACACACACACACACACACACACACACACACUUCUCAAUGAUGUAAGGUAACACACAUACAAAGCAUUAAUUAAAAGGAAUAUAUAAAUAUCUCCAGCCAAAAAUGAGAAAACACACAUGAAUAUCGUCCUGGAAAAUGUCUUUGAAACUGUUUUUCAACAUAGGGGAGGAAAAAAAACCUCUAUGUUACUAGAAGAUUCCAUAGUAACACAGAGAAAGUACAUUUCUUUAAUUCUGGGAAAUUAGAAAAUGUGGGAUACAUUCUAUCUAAGCCCCACCCCUUCAGACAUGCAGAAAUAGAGAAGCAUUUCAGGAACUUUGCUUUCCAAUCAGUAGGGUAAAAAGUCUUCAGGCAGGCUGAAGACAUAGCAUAAUGCUUUUGCAAACAGACUGUCAUGCCUGAGGAUCUAAAGUUACAGGUUCAAUCUCCCACACUGUCUUAAAGCAGAGCUGUGUAUGCUCUGGUAAAAAACAAUAAUAAUAAUAUUAAUAAUAAUAAUAGUCUUCAGGCAAAUUUGUUCUCAGACCCUGUGUCCUUUUGUCCUCUACCAUGGGGGUUUCUUGGCUGAUAUGCUGUUUCUACUCCAUUCAUAGAGGAAUAUAUUCUUCUUUCCCAAAGAAUAUCAGGUGUCCCGAAAUUUCAGCAAAUAUGUGGCCUGUGGAAAAUGGAUCAAAGAGCUAGUAACUGUUCCUGGCCAAAGUAUUUUCCAGCUAUCAACCCUAUUAUAAGUUUGAUCAUGGGAAUCACUUAAAAGUCUGUGUUUCAGGAAAAGUAUUUUUACCCCUGAAGUCACUCCCUAUAGUGGCUCCUUUUCCCUGUUUUCCUGGGAGUGCAACAGCUUUGACGAAGGGCUAUGAUGAAAAAAGGAGAGAAAAGUGAUAAAGAAGGAAGUGCCCAGAUGUAUGGAGUUAAUCCAUUCAGUGGGAUUUUAAUUUUUUUUUUUUUUUACAAAUCCUUGGCAAUUAGUGGUGCUCAAGGACUUCUUGCAUACAAGUUCUGUGCACUGCCACUGCAUUAUCUCCCAAGCCUCAGUCGGAAAUGUUUAGAGCAGCUCUGUGUGAUUAAAAUGUCUUCACUGAAAGGAGAAAUAGACAUAAAGAAUCUGCUUUCUCCACUUGGAUUGCCCAAGCUGGACAGCAGUGGGGAGAGACUUGUUUUCAAACAUCCAUGUGUCAAAACCCCAGGGCCAGACAACGAUGUAGCUUCUGCAGGUCUUGGUGCAUCUGAUAUACCUUGAAGGGACUGCCUUUAGACCUUUCUGGUCUUAAGUCUCUCCAUCCUAUUAGACAGGUGAGUACUUGCUUGGAGGAGACUGUUUAGUUGACAGUUUAGCAGUGCUUCUUGGGUUCAGCAUAUGUGCACCCAAAUAGGUAAUAUUACAGAAAAAAACAUCCAAAAGUAUUUAAAAAUAUAGAAAACAAGGCUUUCCCUACCCAAAGCCAACCAUCCUGAAACUGAGAUUAGCUCUCCUAAACCAGAAGACUUUUGUAACAUCGACCAUUUCACAGCUCCCUGAAGAACUAUUUUCAUUUUCACAGAGAAAGAGAAAGAGACUCAGGGAGAGACACCGCAACCCCAGAAUGCCUCAGCACUCCCAUAGGUGCCGGGGCUUGAACCUGGACCACACACAGGGCAAGGCAUGCACCCUAUUUGAAGAGCUAUCAUUCUGUUUCACCUUCAUUAUUAUAACUUGAGAAGGAAAUGCCUAGAAUAGAAUGAAAGGCAAAUAAAAUAAUCAGGCUUAUAUUCUCUCUUACUAUUUACUAAAAAGCUUCUUCUUCUAGUAGAAGAGCCUCCAAUCAAACUGAUAAUACUCUUGUCCCAUUGAAUGAGUCUCUUGCCAGUAACUUCACUUGCCAAAGAUACUUUUCUUCCACACAAGCUUCUACCUCUGUCUCCUCUCCCUCUGGUGGAGAAAGCUUUUAAAACAUUGGGUCUAACCACAGUUAGGUAAGAAAGAGGACCCUCAAGGCAUCUAACUUUCUCGCUAGGAAGAUUCAGGAGCUAAGGCCCAGGUGAUAAAACAGGAAGUACUGACCCAUUUUCUAAUGGGAACAAGGCAAGUGAGUAAUUUCUGCCUGGUGUUCCUUUUGUGCCAUAUAGUAACAGAACGGGAUCUAAAAAAAUGUGUAAAUGUUCUGCAACUUCAACUUUCAUCCCGUCUUCAGGAGGCAAAUCCCCAAGGAGGGAAUCAAAAGAAAUGUCUGGAAAGCUCUGGUCAACAUGUCACCUGUAAGAUUUCCAUGUAGCAACUCUUGUGCUUAUCUUCUGACUUUGUAUCCAAUGUAUUAUACACUGUACUACUCAGACUUCUUAAUAGACAAGGCUCCAAAUAUGUUAUCUGUAACCAUGAUCACUUAUAUAAAAUAUAUAUCUGUAUUACA